UUACCGGAACACAGUUAUAGGAAUUAAAAGCACACCUGCUGAUACGGAAACGUGUGAGACAGAAACAGAAACAUAAAGGAGCACGGACAGACAUCAACAGUAAAUCUCACAAUGGCUUCUCCUCCACCUGCUAUGAUAAUGGUCCCUCAAUCCCUGAAUCUUGUAUAUCAGCAAACGACUCCUCACGUCCCAAAUGCACAAGAACCAUUUCGUGUUCUGAAAAAGGGCCAACCAAAAGCACUAGGGGCAACACAGCUGGUUCUUGCUUUUUCACAAAUAGCGCUUGGAGCAGUUGGGAUUUUCUUGUCAUAUUAUGGAUUCACGCUGAGUAUAUUUAGCGGCAUCAACUUCUGGGGAGCAGUAUUUUACAUCAUCUCAGGAUCUUUGUCAGUUGCAGUAGAGAACAAUCCAUCCUACUCAUUGGUUCAAGGAUUCCUGGCUAUGAAUAUCAUCAGCUGUUUGAUAUCCUUCCUUGCAACUUGCUUUUUCAUAACGGAUGCAUGCAUCAGUAACACAAAAUACUACCAAGGCCAGAAAAUUACAAACAUGAUCUUCUUGAUCCUAUCGUCUGUCCUGGAGUUCUGUGUGUGUAUUUCUCUAUCUAUCUUUGGAUGUAAAUCUCUUAAUCAAGACUUCAGUUCUCAAGCUCAGGUAUUAGUGAUACAAAAUGAUUACAGAAUUCCUGGACCCAAUUUUGUUCCUACAUUCGGUAACCCACCAUCAUACUCAAUGGCUGCAAGUAACGAUGCUGUGGUGAAUCAUAGUCCAGGGAUCAACACUAGUACCUAUCCUGUUCCAAUGCCUGAACCAGCGAUACUUAAAAACUAAAUUGUUAAUACCUAAAUUAACAGGUGCCACCCUGCAAUUCUUUGGUGAACCAUCUCUGAAAUGAUAAAAUGAUAAAAUAUCUAACUCUAUAUCCACAUACUUCAAUGCAUAUAUUAAUCCUAAUGCAAAAUAUACAUUGCUCAGUGAAUUGUAUAUUUUGUAACUCCUAAUUAUAAAAUGAUUACAUAUGAUUACACAUGUUGAAAAUCUAUAUUAGGCAGGUCUUUACAGGUUACACAUUUUCUCCAAGCACCAUGGCCACUUUAGUGAUUUCAAGUGGUCAUUGUGUCUGGAGUUAGCAUGUGCAGUGUUUUAUUUUGAAACACUUCACAUACAGAGCUCAUCCCCAUUGAAUAAUUGGAAUUUAACCUCUUUACAUAAUUGUAUUUAUUGACUGAGAGGGGUCAGCUGUCACAGUCAAUGAAUGGCCAACAGGAUCAACUUUUAGCUUCUGCAGCUCUGCAGAAGCCAGGUGUUUUCAUUGGAGGAACCUCAGCGAUAGGCAGGCACAGAGAUAAGAGAGCAAACCUUUGUAAAACAGUUUCCCCAUUACCAGAAAACAGGGCCAGGGUACUCUUGGCAUUGUUAGAGCAGGCUCUAGAAGUAAUGAUACACGGAGUAAGUCUUUAAGAUCAAAAUAGACAAAAUAGAAAGUCAGCUAUCCUUCCAGCUCAACUUCCUUGGCCUUCAGUUUGAAAUUCACUUUGAUUCCUCUUUGAAUUUGCAUUGUAUUUUUUAAUCCCAAAAUGGCCUUGAUUAAAAGUUAUUUCUAAAUGAUUCAAUACUCUUAGAAAAACUUUACGAAUGAUUUAUCUACAGCAGUCACCAUGAAAAUCCAUUGGAUUUUUUGUAGAAAAAUAAUUUUGAUUUUUUUCUAAAUGUAUUGAAUCGGUUGGAAAGAUUAUUUAAUCUAGGCUGUUAUGAUAAAUGUCC